GUAAGGGUAAAGAGCGACAUCUUCUGUGACUCAGUGACAGCAAAGCCGUCAAAAUAUUAACGACAGUCGAAGAGGACGAAAUGGCGAGAGCGAUCGGAAGAGGACCAAUUGAUCGGAAAAUAGUUGUCGUUGGGGCAGGAAUGGGAGGUUUGGCAGCCGUUUGCCGUUUAAAAGAAUACGGUUUUAAAGAUGUUGCCUUGAUCGAAGCUCGAGAUCGUAUCGGAGGCAGAACCUACUCUAAGCCUUAUGGUGCAAGCUACAUCGAAAUGGGUGCUCAGUGGAUUCAUGGACAAAAAGAUAAUGUUUUGUAUGAAUUGGCUAAAGAACAUGAUUUAGUAGAUGACGAUGCACCUGAUUAUUUUGAAGCUAUGUGUCGUUUACAACAGGUAAAGACAAGAGAAGAAGAAAAUGAAAUUGCAAAACUUUUUUACAUUCUUCAUGAAGCAGGAGAAGAAUGCCAUAAACUUUUGGAAGUGUCUAAAGAUCCUCCUCCUCCUUCUCUUGGUCAUUUUUUACGUCAGAAAUUUCAUGAACAUCUGGAAGAAUCAAAUGAUGAACCUCGCAUGAAGAAAUUAAAAGAGGCUUUCUUUGAAUGGUAUGUUAGUCUUCAAAAUGAAAUAAAUGGAAGUAAAUCAUUAGAUGAUGUUUCUGCUGUUCUUUUAAAACAUUAUAAAGAAUGUGAAGGACGAAGUUUAGUUGAACUGAAGUAUAAUUAUGCUGGUAUAAUUGAUUUAUUUCUUAGAAAUAUUCCUUUAAAAUGGAUACAUAAAAAUCAUGUUGUUUCACUUAUCAAAUAUUCAUCUCCUGAAGAACAAUCUUCAUCUGAUAUAAAUGAAAGUGAAAAUUUAGGCAAAUCAAUUAUAAAUGAAGCACUUCCUAGAUUUUAUCCACUUGAAGUGAAAUGUGAAAAUGGUAACACAUUUUCUGCAGAUCAUGUCAUUCUAACCAUUCCUUUAGGUUGUUUAAAAGAAAAUGCCCACAAGCUCUUUGAUCCUCCUCUUUCUUCUAGAAAACUUGAAGCCAUAAAUUGUUUAGGAUUUGGUGCAGUAAAUAAAAUAUAUUUGGAAUUUGAAUCGCCAUUUUGGAAUCAUUUGGAAAUAAUUCAUGUUCUGCGAAUGGAAAAUGAGAAGGAUAGUACCAAUAAAGAGCUAAAAGAACCGUGGCAUAGAAGUAUUGCACGAUUUAGCUAUGUACUUGGACAUCCUCAUUUAUUGUGUGCUUGGAUUGGUGGAGAUGGGGCUGUUUUUAUGGAAUCAUUAUCAGAUGAAGAAGUUGCAAAAGGAUGUCAGUCUGUUUUAAAAACAAUGCUGCUAUCAAUAGAAGUACCACUUCCCAGAAAAAUAAUUAGGUCAAAUUGGUAUAGUGAUCCUUAUUCUAGAGGUUCUUAUACUUAUUUAUCAGUAGCAUGUGAACCUUCCAAUAUAUUGCCUAUUGACCUUGCUGAACCAGUAUAUGUUUCUAACAACAGUUUUUCUAAACAGUAUCCAUUAAUUCUUUUUGCUGGAGAAGCAACGCAUUCAGAUUAUUAUUCAACUGCACAUGGUGCUUACUCAACUGGUAUCAGAGAAGCAGAUCGUCUUGCAAAUUUUUACAAAGACAAUACUUCACUGAGUGGAACUACAGAAGUACAAAAAAGCACUCCACCUUCUUUAAUAUGUAACAAUCUCAAAACAUUUCACUCUCCAAGUUUCUUACCUCAUGGAAUGAAUCCAAAAGUAAUUAUUAUUGGAGCCGGAACUGCAGGACUGGCUGCAGCUCAACGCUUACUGCUAAAUGGAUUUAAAGACAUUGUGAUUCUAGAGGCACAACAAUCAGCUGGAGGACGAAUACACACUUAUAAAUAUGGAAAAGGUGUGUUGGAAUUAGGAGCACAAUGGGUUCAUGGUGAAGAAGGUAAUCCUUUGUUUGAGUUUGCAAAUAAUCGUGGUCUUCUUAGUAAUCCAAAGCUGGAUUACUCAGUAGAAAGGAGUGGAGUCUUUUGUACAGACGAGGGAAUAAUUUUAAACAAGAAUGAAGUUGAAGAAGUUAUUAUGGUUCUAGAUGGAAUUAGAGAGAGUAUUAAUAAUCAUUGCUCAAUUUGGCCAAGACCAGAAAAUGAAAUGCUCUCUGUUGGUCAGGUAUUUUGUCAGCAGUUUGAUAAAUAUUUAUCUUCCUUAGAUUGUUCAGAAGAUAAAGUUAAUAUGAUGAAAGGAAUUUUUGACUGGUAUAUGAGAUUUGAGAUCAUUGAUAAUGCUUGUAAUAGCCUGGAUGAUCUUUCACUCGAAGGUUAUUCAGAAUGGCUAGAAUGUGAAGGAGUUUGCAAUAUUAAUUUUAGGAAAGGAUUUAAUAGUCUAAUCAAACUUUUACUCCAAGACAUUCCUAUGAAUUGUUUGAAACAAAACAAGCCUGCAAAACAUGUAAAUUGGGAAACAUCAUAUGAAGCACAUCAUGGCAUUUUAAUAAAAAUGUGUAAAGAAUUAGUCAGUAGAGAUUUUCUUGUUUCAGUGGAAUGUGAAGAUGGAGAAAUCAUUGAAGCAGAUCAUAUCAUUGUAACUCCUUCAAUAGGAUAUUUAAAGAAACAUAUAAAUACAUUUUUCAAACCUGAAUUACCAGAAGAGAAGAAAAGUAUAAUUGAAAGUUUAGGAUUUGGCACCAUAGACAAGAUAUUCUUAAUUUUUGAAAAACCAUUUUGGGAGAAGCAUGACAUUGGUUUUCAGUUAAUUUGGACAAGCAAAACUAAAGACUCAUCAGUGCCAGAAGAAGAAUACUGGAUUCGUGGGAUAUCUGGUUUUGAUAUUGUACAUGGACAACCAAAUGUUCUUGUUGGCUGGAUUGGCGGGAAAGCAGCUGAAGAUAUGGAAAAAGUACCCGAAAAAGAAGUUGGAGAAAUCUGUGUUAAAUACUUAAAACGAUUUUUAGGAAAAUCUGAUAUAUCAGAUCCAAUUCAAGUUGUCAAAUCAUCUUGGUAUAGUAAUCCUUUUAUUCUAGGAGCAUACAGUCAUCGUACAGUAAUAUUUGAAAAACAGGGAUUAAAAAUCAAUGAUUUGUCUGAACCAUUAUUUUGUAAUGUGACUGUAGAUGACAAAAUAAUUAAGUGGCCAACAGUUUUAUUUGCUGGAGAAGGUACAGAUCAUGAAUUCUUUUCUACUGUUCAUGGGGCACUUCGUUCAGGAUGGAAAGAGGCAGAUCGAUUGACAUUAUUUUGGUGGAAUCAGAAAGAUGCACUUUUUGAACUACAUCCUUCUCAUCCAAAACUUUAAAUCCUAUGUGAUUAUAAAGCAGAAACUGUAUAAUUGUUUAGAUCCAUUAGCUUCUAUGACCAAAAGAAAGUGCAAUAUUGAUAAUAUAAUAAGAAUUGAAAGUAAAGAUUUUCUCAUAAUUAGCUUAACGGGUACAAAAGCUUUAUGUGCUCAAACUGUUAAAUAUAUAUAUUUUGAUUCACAUGAUCAGAGUGUAUUAUAGAAAUUACAUAUAUGAUCAUCAGUAUUAUAUUACUAUCUAUUUUAGUGCCAAAUAUGCUUUAAGGUUUUCUCUAAUGUGGCUGAUAAUUUUGCAUAUUUUUAACUUUUUAAAACAACACAUAAUACAGAAAAAUCAAAGAAUUAUUUGUCUAAAAUAUUUAUAUACUGUGAUAAAAUUAAUUGUGAUGAUUUUUGGUAAGAAUUUUUUAAAUCCCAGUAUCCUGAAAUGAUGCUAAUUAUGUACUAAAUUUAACUCUUAUUUCUAAUAAUAAAGAAAUAUAUAAUAAUGUAUCUGAGAAAUUUUGUUAAAUAUUAAUUGACAAUCACAAAGCUAUAUUUAAAAGUUUUAUUUUUAAUUAUUUAAAGUUUUUGUAGUUUCUUUCUAAAAAUGUACUGUAUAUAUGUGUACAAACAUUUUACACCAUGGGACCUAAUCUAAAAGUGCAAUCUAUCAUAGAAAAUUCAUUUCAUAAUAAAUACAGGUAUAGAAAUUACAUGUAGUUUAAACUCAAACGUUUAUGGUUUGCAAAAAAAAAA